AUGGAAGUGAGACAGUUGAAUCUAAACCCUCGGGAAUGUGAACCGGGAUCUUAUGGUGACACGUGCGACAAAAACUGUACAUCAAAUUGCUUACACAACGUAUGUAAUCAAACGAGUGGUCUAUGCAUAGACUGUGAUGCUGGGUAUUAUAGCGCUGCGUGUAACGAGUCCUGUCCUCCCAACUGCAAAGAAUUAAAAUGUGAUCGAAGUAGUGGAAAUUGCUCAGCUUGUAAAACUGGUCAUCAUGGCGAUAAGUGCGAUGGCAAUUGUUCACAAAAUUGCUUGGGCAGCACGUGUAACCAGAGAAAUGGUCAAUGCGUUGAAUGCACACUGGGAUAUUUCACCACUGAAUGCAACCAGUCCUGUCCUAUCAACUGUAGAGAAUCAAGUUGUGACCGAAUUAGUGGAGAUUGUCCAGCUUGUAAGAGUGGUUACUACGGGAUGAAAUGCCUGGAGAUAUGUGGCCAAUGUAGAAGUUCGUCAUGCAGCAUGCCAAACGGGACAUGUGAAUGCAGUGAUGGCUGGGAGGGGGACACUUGUGUUACUAGAAAAGCUACGCUGUCAGCAACUGAAGACCAUACGGGGAUGUACGCUGGUGUUGGUGUAGGAGCAGUUAUUGGCGUCGUUCUUCUUGUUAUAGCGUCUAUCGUCAUUCUUAGAAGAAAACGGUUAUCAUCCAAAAAAGAGGGCCAGGUCGCAACAGGCAGUAACAUUUCAGCAACAUAUAGCAAUGUCAGCCCAUCGCCAGGAACGUCUCAACAAAAACUAGAAGGUCAUGAGUCAUCUAAGGAAACAAAGAAUACAGCUAUUGUGAAUGAGAAUGGACUUGUUUACGUCAACAUGCACGACAUAAGUUUGACUACGGAGGAGGGAGAUGUUACAUACAGCAAUGCUGAAGCCAUCGGGACUCCUAUACAUGAACUGCGGUCUAUCAUCGACAGAAAAAUGGCAAAUAAAGCUAUAGCAUUUCAGGAAGAAUUUAAGAGGUUUCCAUGGGGAGCGGUACUUCCCCAUGAGGCUGGCAAAAAUCCAAAAAAUAAGGCUCGAAACAGAUUCAAAACAACAUUCCCUUAUGACCAUUCGAGGAUCAUAUUGGAAAGGAUUGAAAAUGACAACAAAACGACCUAUAUCAAUGCAAAUUACAUUGAUAGCGUGGAGACAAGCAAAAUGUACAUUGCCAGUCAAGGACCAAAGCCCAAUACCGUAGAUGACUUCUGGAGGAUGGUGUGGCAAGUCAGCUCCGGAAAGAUUGUAAUGCUGACAAACCUAAUUGAGGGAGGCAUUAAUAAAUGCUACAAAUAUUGGCCAGAUGAAGGUGAACCACUUUCUACACCGACAUUUCAUCUUACACUUGAUCGAGAGAUGACAUACGCCUUCUACGUCAUUCGUGAUAUUUCUGUUGCCCAAAAGAAGACGAAUGAGAAGAGACAGGUACAACAGUUUCAUUUCACUACAUGGCCAGACCAUGGUAUCCCUGACACCUUGGAACUUGUUCUCUUUCAUCUCCGUGUAAAAUCAAUCCUGACAGAACUGACUGGACAGAUGGUGGUACAUUGCAGUGCGGGUCUAGGAAGAACUGGAACCUUCAUUGCGUUGGAUGCACUUCUGACUCAUGGCAAGGAAACAGGACGGGUUGAUAUUCCAAGAUAUGUGACGACCAUGCGGAAGGACAGAAUGAACAUGAUCCAAACCUAUGAACAAUACAUUGCCCUGCACGAGUUAUUGGUUGAAGGUUUCAACUUACAAGAAUCACACAUUUCCCGAGCGGAAUUUCAAGUUGUUCUGGCCACAAUGCAUCCGGCAAGUAAACCUGCAAAUCAGACAAAGAUUCAUCAUGAAUUCAAGGCAUUACGAGACUUCAGCCCAAGUUACUCUCCGAGCUGCUUUAAAACAGCAAUGCUGAAAGUAAAUAAGGACAAGAACAGGAACAUGAACAUCCUACCUGCUGACCAAUUCAGAGUUUUCCUUCAGUCGCAGUCAGCAAAUAGGACGGAUUAUAUCAACGCAAUCAUUGUACAGUCAUACACAUCAAAGUCCGGGUACAUUGUCACACAGUUUCCUCUUGAGAACACGCUGGGUGACUUCUGGACCAUGAUAUUUGACUGCAGCUGCGAGAGCCUUGUGGUUUUAGGACAUCCGACCGACGUAUGUUGGUUAGAAGAAGACGAGUCAAAAACAUCAACAGAUUUCACCUUUAAAAAGUUGAACGAACGAUCUGUUAAUGCUGAUUUGACCACUGCAGAUUACCACGUAACUGAAGAGAGAAACAGCAGGGACACAACAGUAAGGAUCUUCACACUGACGACUUGGCCAUCCGACUCCUUACUACCGCCCUCCGAUUCUUCUGUUCUGGUACUUCUAGAACAAGUUGACAGUCGUCGACGUUCCGACAAUACGAAGCCUGUGGUCGUCAUGUGUCGGGACGGAUGUACACAGAGUGGACUGUUCUGUUGUAUAUCAAACGUCAGAGACCAAAUGAAGAUAGACGAGGAAGUAGACAUAUUCCAAACGGCAAGGAUAUUAAAAAAGCGACGACCAGAGGCGCUGGAGGAUGUUAAACAAUACCAGUACUGCUACGAUAUCCUGGGACAAUACCUGGAUUCAACUGACGUGUACAUCAACUGAAGCGAAUCAGCAUGCUACUUUGGAUAUUUUAAACUUUUAUCUUUGUCUUAUUUUUGCAAACGUUCAUAAUUUUACAUCGUAUCUAGAUUAUACUGUUUAUCAUUUUACUGGUCUAUAUGAAGGAAAUGCUGGACAAACUAUCCAUUGAAAUAGCUGUGCAAUUCUUACAUGAACUAAGGUGUGAAAAUCAUAUUGUUGUGAAUGUAUGUGACGACUUGACUUCCCUUGGUGUGAUAUUUGAGAUAUCAAAAGACAACUUGUCCAAGAGUUGACGCCCUAUAGAGCGGUUAGACUAGUUUAAACCAUCGGGGUUGUCUUUAUUUGGUCAAGCUCGUAUUAGGACGUAUUAUACUCAUCUUUCACAACAAUGUUAACACAUUAACGGCAGAUCCAGGACCAACACAAGUGACGAAAACCUAGACACAAGACCGUAGAUAGUGUUACAGUUUUGCCUAAGAGCAGCUUCAAAUGGUGAAAACGCCAAUUUUUUUUAUGUGUGCUUAAAUAUAACAUUUUCAUAUAAGUGGAUUCAAAAUAUGGACAUAUCAUGUUCUUUUUCUUCAUUUUACUUUGUGAGAUAUUUUAAUGUAUGUUCAUGUAUAGGGAAUAUGUUUUGAGAUGUGAUAUUUGUUAUUAAUGACACAAAUGGUCAUACAUUUCUUCGUCAAUCUUACAACUACAAAAGACAAAUGUAAAACUUAUAUCAUCUGUAGUGCAAAUUGAAUCGUCUCCAGUUAAGAACAUUUGUUUUACCAAUGUAUACUUCAUGCCUGUAUGUAUAAAUAUUUAGACAGAACAAAAUAUAAGAUUUUAUCCGUGACAUACUUUUAACCUACAGUACUCAAACGACUGAGUUUUAACAAGAUGAUGUGUACGUCAUGCCAUCAAUUUAAUGCCGAGAUGAUUUAUGAACCAUGACAAUUUGAUCAAAAUCUAAUGUUGAAAGCUUCCAAACCAUGAUACAAAUCAUGUUAUUUUUUAAAAAUAUAAUACGUAAUAGAGGAAAUGCCAAACAAAAUUGCUUAAAGCACCAUAAAUGUAAGAUCGUUCGAGUAUGCAUUCUGUAUUCCUUUUCAUAGGAGUGAUGUUGGAACAGGUGUGCCUUGGAAAUAAUAAAAAAUGAGCUCGCCUAGAUUUCAGCUAACUGUCAAAUUAAAUGGAAUGUUAUUUUGCUCUAUCAAAAUUGACAUGUUUAUGAUUAUUUUUUUUUCUGUUGUUGUUGUUUGUUUGCUUCCCCUUCUGAGUAGUCCGGCCACCAAUUGUUUCUUUAGUUGAAGAGACACAUAUAUGAUCCAUGGAGGUAACAAAAUACAAAACAUAUGUGAUUAUAUGAAAUUCUAUGCUGUUUGAUAAAACCAUGUCUAUUUGCUAUAGUAACAAUAAAAAGCUUUUAACGACCUU